AUGGCAUACAAGACAACACCAAACGCUACAGACUCUAUCACAACGUUAGACUGGGACGCGGUCACUGAUGCUAUAGAGCCCACUAAAAGCACCAACGAUCUCAGCAGUGAUGUUUACGUCGUCUUGGAUCUUCUCUUCAACUGUGUAAUCUACCACCUCCUCGCUGUCUUCGGAAUCCUAGGCAACAUCUUCAACGUCGUAGUUCUCUACCACAACGGCUUGCAAAGCACCACCAACAUCAUGUUGAUAUCUUUGUCAGUCAGCGACUUCGGCUAUUCGAUCCUCAUGAGCGUCAAAAAACUCAAAUGCGUUGUUUAUAAAUACGAUCCCCCAAUGGCUCUAACAUAUCAAACCUUCACUAACGUGUUCUUGUCCUCAUUGGCAAGUACUAUGAUCGUGAUCAGUAUAUUUAUAGUAACAAUCAUCUCCGUUGAAAGACUAAUAGCUGUAAGCUUUCCUUUGCAUGUAGCGAGAAUAUUCACACCAAAAAACACCAAACGUACCGUAGCUGUUACCUAUCUGUUCGCUUUUGGUCUAAUGUCGCCUUGGUUUUUUCGAACAAGUUUCUCCUGGUCCUAUGACGCCGCGUACAACGCGACGGUUGCCAUGGAAACGUACACAUCCUUCUACCGUGACAACUACUACGCCAUCGGCACGUACGUGUUCGGAGUUCUAAACGUCUUCUGCUCCAUCGUCACCCUGUUCAUCAUCAGCUUAAGCUCCUUGCUCAUCGUCGUACAACUCCAGUACAGGAUCUUAAAAUCUACCAAGUCGAAUGUCCAGGAGCUCAAGGUCUUUAAGAUGCUCCUCGUAGUCUGCUUCGUGACAUUCAUGGUGUGGGUGCCGACGGCUGUGCUAGAUUUUUAUCAAUUUUACGCCACAGUCCCCGAGAAAACUGGCCUGUUCAUCAAAAGCAUCAAGCAAAUCUUGUACCAGCUCAGCUGUGGGGUUAAUUUUAUCAUCUUCGUCACGACAAGCUCCAAGUUUUCCGCCACUUACAAGCAGCUAUUUCACUGUCAUUAG